AUGGUGACAGUCAGCUGGGUGCAGCAGGGCUUGCAGAGUGCUGGGCAACAGGGUGGCUGGACUUUGCACUGUGGUGGUGGGAUGGCUGGCUGUGGUAUGGAGGUUGAGGCAGCACUCCUCAGCGGCAGUGGCGCUGGGGCUGGAGUAGAGGCCAGGGGGCAUUGGCAGUUGGCUGAGACUGUUGAAGACCCUGGACCUCUACUUCAGCCCCAGCACCUCUACCACCACCAAGGAGUACGGAAUGAUCUAACUGGAGUUCUGUAUGGUGAAGAUAUUGAAAUAUCAGAUACAGAGAGUUUUUCUAAUGAUCCCUGUACAAGUGUCAAAAAGCUUAAGGGCAAUGAUGUUAGAAUUAUCCUUGGCCAGUUCAAUGAGGAAAUGGCAGCAAAAGUAUUCUGUUGUGCAUAUAAUGAAAAAAUGUUUGGCCCUAAGUAUCAAUGGAUAAUUCCUGGGUGGUAUCAGAGCUUUUGGUGGGAAAAAGCUAUUCCAAAGCUGAAUUCAUCACACUGUCUUGGUACAAACCUUCUGGGUGCUAUGGAAGGUUACAUUGGAGUGGAUUUUGAACCUCUCAGUUCCAAACAGAUAAAAACCAUUUCAGGAAGGACACCACAGCAGUAUGAAGAGGAAUAUGAUCAAAGGCGUGGAAAUGUUGAGCCAAGUAAGUUCCAUGGCUUUGCUUAUGAUGGAAUAUGGGUAAUUGCCAAAACACUGCAGCAGGCAAUGAAGAUUCUUAAUGCCACCAACAGAAACCAAAAAAUUGAGGACUUUAACUACACCAACAAAGAACUUGGAAAAAUUUUCUUGGAUGCAAUGAAUCAGACCAGCUUCUUUGGUGUAACGGGUCAAGUUAUGUUCAGAAAUGGAGAGAGGAUGGGGACCAUCAAAUUCACACAGUUUCAAGACAAAAAGGAAGUGAAGGUGGGAGAGUAUAAUGCUAUACUUGAUUCACUGGAAAUCAUCAACAAUUCCAUCAAAUUCCAUGGGAAAGAACCUCCAAAGGAUAGAACAAUUAUCCAAAAGCAACUUCGUAAGAUUUCUCUGCCUCUCUACAGUAUUCUUUCAGCACUCACUAUCUUGGGAAUGAUCAUGGCCAGUGCUUUUUUGUUCUUUAACAUCAAAAACAGAAAUCAGAAGCUGAUAAAGAUGUCCAGUCCUUACAUGAACAAUCUCAUUAUUCUUGGGGGAAUGUUGUCCUAUGCAUCUAUAUUCCUUUUUGGGCUUGAUGGAUCUUUUGUUUCUGAGAAAACUUUUGAGACCCUUUGUACUAUCCGGACGUGGAUUCUUACAGUGGGCUAUACAACUGCAUUUGGGGCAAUGUUUGCAAAAACAUGGAGAGUCCAUGCAAUCUUCAAAAAUGUAAAAAUGAAAAAAAAGAUCAUUAAGGACCAAAAACUAAUGGUGAUCGUUGGAGGAAUGCUACUGAUAGAUCUUUGCAUCUUGAUUUGUUGGCAAGUUGUUGAUCCCUUGAGGAGAACAGUAGAAAAGUACAACAUGGAGCCCGACCCUGCAGGCCGAGAUAUUUCAAUUCUUCCCAUUUUGGAGCAUUGUGAAAACACUCACAUGACUAUCUGGCUUGGCAUCGUUUAUGCCUACAAAGGCCUACUCAUGCUAUUUGGGUGCUUUUUGGCUUGGGAGACUCGAAAUGUGAGCAUUCCUGCUCUGAAUGACAGUAAAUACAUUGGCAUGAGUGUUUAUAAUGUGGGCAUCAUGUGCAUCAUUGGAGCUGCUGUUUCCUUUCUUACACGAGACCAGCCCAAUGUACAGUUCUGCAUUGUGGCACUUGUCAUUAUAUUUUGUAGCACUAUUACACUCUGCUUAGUCUUUGUACCUAAGUUAAUUACUCUGAGAACAAAUCCAGAUGCUGCCACUAGGAACAGAGGACUUCAGUUCACUCAAAAUCAGAAGAAAGACGAUUCAAAAACAUCAACAUCUGUCACCAGUGUCAACCAAGCCAGCACAUCUCGGUUAGAAGGGCUACAGUCAGAGAACCACCAGCUCAGAAUGAAAAUAACAGAGUUGGACAAAGCUCUCGAAGAAGUCACAAUGCAGCUUCAGGACACACCUGAAAAAACAACGUAUAUUAAACAGAACCACUAUCAGGAGCUCAAUGAUAUUCUCAGUAUACGCAACUUUACAGAAAGCAAAGAUGGUGAAAAACCAGUGUUGAAAAAUCAUCUUGAUCAAAAUCCACAAGCACAAUGGAAUACUACAGAGUCAUCCAGAACAAGCAAAGAUUUUAUAGAAGAUAUCAAUUCUCCAGAACACAUACAGCGUCGACUCUCCUUACAGCUGCCCAUUCUUCAUCACGCUUAUUUGCCAUCAAUCGGAGGGGUUGAUGCCAGCUGUGCCAGUCCAUGUGUCAGCCCCAGUGCCAGUCCACGGCACAGACAUGUGCCACCAUCUUUUCGCGUGAUGGUCUCUGGCCUGUAGGAGGACAUCAGAGCUCUCUGAACUGCUUUUGGUACUCAAUGGCUGGACUGAACGUCUUGUGUCGAACUCUUGCCUUCUACAUAUCCUUACUCUUACCACAGAGAAACUAGUGCUAUAAGGCCAUUAUCAAGGGAGGGCCAGCUCCGCUGCUGGGAAAAAGCAUGUGAAGCGGAGAGGUUAGGCAAAGGUUGAUCUGUAGCCUUAUUUGUGGACGUUUUUAUUUCUUCACAAAGAAAGUCACCAAAACCAUGUUUCUUCCCGAAUUUCUAUAGGAGGUAAGGUGGCUAAGAAAUCUAAACUUGACCAAAAAAAAAAAAAAAAGACAACAGACCCCACUGCAGCAUCACUAAGCUUUAUAUUGCUACUGAAAAUGUGGAAACAUGAGAAGAAGAAAAGAAACAUCUCAUCAAGAGUGCUGUAUUAACUGAAAUGUAUACCAUUUGUAUAUCAGGGAUUGUGUUCAGCUUCUGGAGACCUGAGCUCGUUGGGCUGACCUUAAUUUCUGGGACUACAUUCAGUGAGAAAGAGGAAACUUUUAGAAAUAGUUCCAGCAUCACUGAGACUUGCACACAGUCCAGCUUCACUCCUCUCAAGGCACGCUUGGGGCAGAAAAUGCUUUAGGGGGAAACAAAUCUUAGAGCGGCUACAGCAGGCACUCCAAGUCUUGAGAGUGAUCUCUUCCUCCUGUUAAGACAUUGUGCUUGGUUGAAUCCUGGGGCGACCUUCUGCAAAUAGCAGAAAACUGGGUCUGACAGUGCUUAAGGCUGAGGAUUGCUACUGAAAUCUUAAUGUCACAGGGUGGAUUUUUUUCUCCCGAAGUUUGCUUGAUUUAAACCACAGCAUAAUUAAUAGUACAGUUAACUGAGCAGAGGAGCAAAGUGGUAGGGCCCUUAGGCACCACACUUUGCGGCUGCAGUUGAAUUCUGCAGAAGCAGAGAUCAUACAGACACCACCUUUGCUUCACAUCUGUGUGUGUGAGAAACAGCGGUCAUUGAGAAUAAGAUAGGCUGAACCACGUUUGCCAAUAUUGGGCAAAACACCCUUUGGGCUUUGAAUUAAAAAAAAAAAGACAAAAACCCAAAUGCGGUGUAAUUUGAAGCAAAGCAUUUUUUUUCCCUCUCUUGUGGAUUCCACCUGAGAGAAUAGAUUUAAUCUAUUUCCCCCCUGGGAUCAACUGAAUCUGCUAUUAAUUAGAAAGCAACAUGAGAGAACUCAAAUGAAGUGGGCUUCCAUAACUUACUUUUAAGAUUUGAUCCACAUAUGUGCUGCUUGUAUCCUAGUGGUUCUAGGACAUGUUGCUAGGAUUAAGAUUAUUUGGGCAUGCAUAAUCCAAAGAGAGGCACCUGCACCCUUUACCAUUACAUGGCAUGGAGAACUUCAGGAGAUGCAUUUCCUUCCUGGCUAAACACAUGAGAGAUGCCACACCGUGUGGACUUCCAAUUGCUCCGUAGUUCUGGGCCACAAUUCCUUCACUGCUGCAGGUUGUGCGUUCAACAUGGGAAGGGCCUAGAUGCAAGGGCUAAAAUUGCCCUUGCCUUACUGCAUCCUAGGAUGUUCAAGUGAAAGCUUCGGUCUAUGCUUUUUCAUGUCUCUAGGUUUGUUGGUUUUGUUUUUAAUUGAUGGAGCUGCUUGUGUCAUCUGACAUACUGUAUAGUUCCACCAGUUAAAAAAUAUGGAUUGUUUGGGAAGGCAUAAAUCACACAGUCCGUCAGUAUCUUGAGCACGCUUGAAUCCCAAAGUGUGCUGCGAAUAAGGAUGUGCCGACCAUGUGAAAGGCACAGAAGCACACUUCAGAGCCUGGUUGUGGGCAGAAGACAGACAAAAUAACCCCCCCCCCAAAAAAACCCUGUUCUUCCUUCAUCCCAGUAUCAUAUUGAUUCAGAAUAUUUUGUAUUGCUAUAAGAACAGCAAAAAAACUGACACUGGACCUAUUACCCUGAGCUAUUAGCCAGACAUGAAAAACCAAACCAAACCUGUAAUAUCACUUUCAUUUUCCUUAAACACCAUUCUUACACUAUAACCAAUACCAGUUUGCCAAACUGCACCGCUCACCAUUGGAACUGGAACCGUUUCAAAAUGAUAUAUUAAUUAAAGCUCGUAAAAGACGGUACGGUGGAGAAGAGGUAGUCUAUUUCUAUUGCACUUUCUGUUCCCACACCACAGGAAUGAAUCUGUUCCACAAAUGUCCCCAGAAUAGCAUUUAGUAUCUGCACAAGAAAGAGACAUGCCAACCGAGUCACUCCCGAUGCCUCUGAUCCUACCUGCCUGAUUAUAUUUCCCAUGAAUCUUAAUCCCCUGGAGGUAUCACAGAAAUGCUGCCUGAGUACAUGUCACGGAGAAGUCAGGAGGGGAUCUGGAAGGGUUAGAACCACAGUGAGUAAAUUUACCAUAAAGGAAGUAGAACACAUUACUCCAUUUGAGCACUAACCACUGAAGGUGUUGUCUGGUGUGACUGUGGGUGUGCACAUGCGUGCACGCACUUGUGCGCGUGCAUGUAUGUAUGUUAACAGUAUUCUCUUAAUGUAUGAAUAAACUUCAUCAGGACUUUAUUUAAUACAAAUAAAUAUUACUUUUCAAAAAAGGACAAUAAUACUGUAUAUAAUGUAUACACAAACAUUUCUGUAGAAGAUAUUAUUCCAACAUAGCAGGAAACAAAACAAAAAAAAAA